AUGGAAGAGGGCGGGAAAACUGUGCACUGGCACAAAGACGUCUGCAUCGAAUCGACGUGCCGUUGCGGCAAGUCCUCCGUUGCUUUGCUCAUCGACUGGCUCACAGAAGAUGCGGGCGACGGCUUCCUCAACUAUACGCGAUGGAAGGGCGGCAGCAAGAAGAAGGACGGCAAGAACAGGGUCGGGAUCGCAGGCGAGAUCUCCUCCAUCCUCAUCAAGCACGGCCUCCACCGCACCGUCUCUUUGUACAAGCGCGUCGACAUGACGUCGCAGUUGCGCAAUAAGUACUUGGUCGUCCAGUCAAGUCUUUUCCACGCUACAAUCUGA